CUUUUAGUGGAAUUACAGUGUUGGCUGUGAGAGGGAAAAGAUCAGGAUUGGAAGCUGUCAGAUCCUACUGGAUGGAGAGGAAACCAGCCAAGGGAACCAUGGCUACCUUGGGAGGAUGGUGCAUGAAAAAAUGUCAUUUGGAUCAUUUCCACCUGCAAAUCUGACGGACCUCAACACUUGGAAGGACACGGCAAAUGGGACAAGAGUGGAAGAAUUCAUCCUUCUUGGCUUCCCGGGCACUUGGCAAUUCCGGGUCUCCUUUGUAGUGAUAUUUACACUGAUGUACACCCUGACAGUAAUAGGCAAUGCAUCCAUCAUAGCCCUUGUGUGGAGAAGCAGCAACCUGCAUACCCCAAUGUACUUUUUCCUCUGUAAUCUCUCCUUUCUGGAGAUCUGGUACACUACAGGUGUUGUUCCCAAAGCCAUAGGAGUCAUGCUGGGGACUAGCCAGACCAUCUCCUUCAGUGUCUGCAUCCUCCAGUUGUUCUUUCUUCUCUCUCUAGGCUCCACUGAGUGUUUUCUCCUGUCUGUCAUGGCUUAUGACCGCUACUUAGCCAUAUGCUACCCCCUGAGGUACAGCUCCCUCAUGAACAGUGUCCUCUCUGUUCGGCUGGCACUCAGCUCCUGGCUGGGAGGCUUUUUGGCCAUUUCCCUGCUGGCCUUUCUGACAUCUAGGCUGACUUUCUGUGGGCCAGAUGUCAUCAAUCAUUUUCUAUGUGAUAUAGAUUCCUGCCUUGCCCUCUCCUGCAGUGAUACAUGGCCUGUGGAGCUGGCAACCUUCCUCGUUUCCAUAAUUGUUGUUGUGGCCUCCUGUGUGGUCACCCUGGUGUCCUACAUGUACAUCAUCUCUUCCAUCCUGCGGAUCCAGUCAGCCCAUGGCCGAAAAAAGGCCUUUUCCACAUGCUCUGCCCAUCUCAGUGUUGUCACGAUCUGGUAUGGCUCCACCAUGUUCCUGUAUGUCAAGCCAUCAGCCCAGAACUCCCUGGAUCUGAACAAAAUUGUGAAUACCUUUAACACAAUGGUAACACCUUUGUUGAACCCCUUCAUUUACACACUCAGAAAUAAGGAGGUGAAGCUCGCUCUGGGACGGGCUUUCCGGAAAAAGUGAAGUGACUUUUCACAGGGCAUCAACUGAACAAAUAGAUUCAUCCCCACCCUCCCAUGACUUCUGCCCUGCUGAAAUCCCCACC